AUGGAGACCUGCAUCGCCGACCUCCCGCUGCCCCCCGACCCUCUGUCCCCCUUCCCCCGACACAGACCCGGCCUCCCUCGCUACCCGGGCCUCCAGGGGCCCCCCUUCCCGCUCAUGUCCAGGUGCAACAGCAGCACCGUGCUCACUAACCUGGGGCUGAGGUACUGCUCCGGCAGGCCCGGCCCUACGGGUCCUGGUCCGGGCCCCUGCGGCUACACAGCAGCAAACAGGCCCUACAGGAGCAUGGAGAACCUGAACUGGAACGCUGUGGCGGAUUUUGGCCUGUGUGCGUUCAACGGCGCCCCCUACAGGAGCACGGACAGCGAGUUUAUUUUACGCUGCACCUCCACCAGCCACUGGUACGACGGGCCCCCUGAUGGGUCUAUGGUGGGGGCCCCUGGACUGGCCCCCCACCAGGAGAGCCUGGCGUUUUACCCUCGACACGUGCUGCCCAGGAAGGACCUGCCGCUCUUCCCUCAGUUGCUGUUUCCGGGUGGCGUCGACGAAUGGGACGCGAGGAAGGGCCUGAGGGAGAAGCUCCGCCUCCAGAGCGCGAGGUCAUCCGCGGAGCCUCAGAAGCCCCUCCCGCUGCGACCUCCGGCGACCCCGGCCGCAACCGCCGCGUCCGGUCUGCCGUGCUCGACGCGCAUCACCAGCCCCGAGGAGAUCAAGCAGGAGGUCCUGAGGCGCUUGCAGCUCCGGCGGCAGAACAGCAGCCCCAACCUGGUUCUCCACAGCUCCCCGUCCAGCCCGAAGGCGGCGAAGGGCUCCCGCACCACGGAGAACAUCGCGGGGACCCGGAGCCGACGUCCCGCGGGACGCCUCCACAUCCCCACGUUCGAGGAGUUUAAGAGGAUGAGGCGAGACCAGGACCAGGAGUCCACAGCCGGUUCUGUGGGAUCUGGACAAUCUGAAGCAGCGGAGGCAUCGGACAGUAAGGUUCCUCCUUCUGGUGGAGGAAGCCGAGAGCAGCUGGAGCCCUCUGAGGAGGUGCAGGGAGAACCCGGACCCACGGGGAGCACCCAGCUCACCGCGUACCCUCCCAUCUGCACGGGCCCCUCUCCUCGCUCCCCCCUGCAGACCCUGGCCAGCUCCACCCAGGAGAGAGAGGAGGGGAGCAGCAGGAGGAGGAGGAGCAGUCUGGAACCGGCCGGGUCGGUUCCCUUCCCGCCCGGCAGGGAGAACUGGGGUCGGCCCUCCAGCUGCUGCCCGGCGCUCCUCCUGGAGGGGACGGACCUGUCCAGCUAUGGAGCCAAGAUCUACAAGAUGAAGGACGGCCUCAUCGGCUCGGCUCUGGACCUCAUCAAGAAGAGCUGCAGUGCAGAGAUCUCCUCCGAGGCCCCCGUCAGGCUGUCAGGUGACCGAGACGGAGGCUGUGACGUCACCGCCCCACCGGCCGACUGUCGGCCCUCCGCCGUCGCCAUGGCAACGACGGCGACGGCGGCCAGCAGAGCCGAGGCUGAAGACGACGAGACGCCCGCAGGAGGAGCCCUCCGCGAGGCAAGCGUGGUGCUACAGGACCUCGGGGUGGGAGGGGGGUCGCCUCACCUCGAGCACGCCGCUCUGGGCUGCCGGCGCUCCAGCUCGGACGCCGCCUACGAGCUGGCUGAGACCGUGAGGGUGCAGCGCGAGUGCCGCCUGCGGCCUCACUACAGCGACCCCAUGCCGGCCGACGCCUCCAAGCGCAAACAGCUGGAGAUGAAGAUCGCUGCGGCCGCACGACUCCACGGCCACCGGCGAGACCGGGACCGAGACCGGGACCGGGACAGCGCCCCAGCAGCCCUGCGUGGUCGCUCUGAGCCACCCGGCGAGGAGCGCCAGGUGGGUCUGGGUGUGGCUCGGUCUGGGCAGCACCGCUGGAGCACCAUCAGCAGCCUGAGCGUGGACAGCGGCGUGGUGGGCCUCAGCGACGAGCGGGAGGAGGAGGACAGCGAGCCUCGCCGUUACCGCCGGAGCCGGGGCUCCGAGGUGGAGCGGGUGGACAGCGGCAUCGGCCCUGGCCUGUCCCGUACCUGGAAGAGGCCGUCGGCCUCCCUGCGAGCCUGGGAGGCCCAGAGACCCUGUCCGGACUGCGGACUCAGGGACGGGACCUCCAAAGAGCGAGGGGAGCGCAUGUGCGAGCGCUGCUCCAAGCUGCGCACCGAGCGCAAGGAAGCCAUCCUGGAGUUCCUGAACACGGAGUCCAGCUACGGCGAGGACCUGCGCAUCAUCAGGGACGAGUUCUACGGCCCCAUGCAGAGCGCCGGGCUGCUGGCGGCUGAGCAGCUCGCCGUGGUGUUCGGCAACGUUCACGAGCUCAUAGACGUCAACGACCGCUUCACUGAACACCUGCAGGACAGCAUCGACCAGGCCUUCGACCAGGGAGAUGAAGAUCUGCUCACGGCCUACAUCGGAGAGAUCUUUCUGGAGUUUGUCAACAUGCUGCCGGCCUUCCAGACCUAUUGCCUUCAGCAGUCCACCUCGGUCAACAUGCUCAACACGCUAGAGAAGGAGAAAGAGCUGCUCAGAAUCUUCCUGGACGUUUCCCAGAAUGACAACACGGCACUUCGGCGCAUGAACUUGCGCUCCUUCCUCAUGGCGCCCCUCCAGCGGGUGACCAAAUACCCGCUCCUGCUGAGCCGCAUCAUUAAGGUCACUCCCGAGUGCCACCCCGACUACGCGCGUCUCCGCGAGGCCAAGAGUCGGGUGGAAUCCCACCUGGAGCACAUCAACAUGAAGACCAAGCAGGAGGGCAACGGCGUCACCUGGUCCCUCCGCUCGUUCCGCCGCGACAGCCGCAAAAACCGGGAGGUCAUCAACAUCGAGAUGCGCGAGGUGUCGAUGAAGACGGUGGGCUGGGCGAGAGAAAACACGCGCUUCGUCAUGGAGGGACCCCUCCAGUUGUCCCAGCCGGCGGACGGUCAGUGGGUGAAGAAGGGCAGCAAGGCCCUCAAGUUCCAAAACGUCCAGAGUCUGCUGAUGGUGAGGAUACAGCGGGCCGGCGAAGACCCGGUACAGGCCACCGACACGCCGGCGGUGCGGGGAGAUCAGGGAGGCGGUGGUGCGGACAGCAUUCGAGACGGAGUACUGGUUCUGAUCAAGGACAAGAGCAGCGGGAAGUUCACGGUGCUCAGAGAGCCCAUCCGCCUGGGGAACUGUGUGGUGUCCACCGAUCCGGACUGCGAGGACACGUUCGAAGUGCUCGACAUCCGGCGGGAGUCUUUCGUUUUCCGCGCCUCGGACAAAGCCCGCACGCAGCAGUGGUUCCAUCAGAUCAACAGAUACACCCGAGACUUGGGCACCUGGAGGAAAAGACGCAAUGCUUUGCCCAACAUCAUGAUCAACACAAACCAGACCCGGUCCUGAGACUAACCCUCUCUCACACUGUAAAUAACCUGCAGAGCUCAACUGAGAAGCAUAUCUGAGC